GAUGCGUCAGAACACCGUGGUCAAACCCACUGAACUCUAACCAUACUGAAAUCCGUACGGCAGUGAUGGGGACGUGAAGAGAGAGACAGCAGGGAUACAGCCAAGUGUUGCAGCCUGUCUGUAUCACAGACUGUACAGUGUCUAAAAAAAAAGUUUAAGCUGGGCUAAAGCAGUGCGCACGGGGAGGACUAAGCCGACAUAACAUAACCUGAAAUAGUGGCACAUAUAUUUUAUUUCGAAGACUGCUAAAUAUUUUUUAUCAUUUUUAUAAGGCUCUAUAUUUAUAUCAUGGAGCCUAUGAGCCAUAUGAUUUAUAUGUACUUGUAUUUCAGUGCUCUUUCCAUCACACCACGGCUGGCACUGAUAUGCCGGCGGGACAAUAUUUUUGCAGGGCUUGUACACAACAUGCGCAGUUGAAUUCGAAAAGGAUAACCUCAUCCACACGCGAGUGAGAGGCCGGCACGCUGGCCGGAUUACCUCUAAAUACAGGGGGCACGGAUUCCAGUAUGGUUAGAGUUCAGUGGUCAGAACAUACCUUGUCUCAUUCUACCAUGGCGAAAAUGAUAGGGGCGACCAUCGACAUAUAGCCGAUGGUGGCGACGAUCAGAAUGUCAGAACUAACUUUCAGCAUGGCCGCCGUCUCUGUUUCCAGGCUAUUGAAACUGGCGACUCAAACAUCAUUGAAAAUUUACGACAAGUCUAGCCUCUGAUUCUCCCUAAGGAUUUUAUUCUAAUAAUAAAACACUGGCGCAUGAGAUAGCCGGCAGUAGCUGAGGUGACAUGCUGACUUGAGAACACAGGUCUUAUCGAGUAUACGUAUCAAGUCUCUGGAAACGUCGAAUCACCGGCCAAUCAGGAGAAAAUUUUUUUUAAAUUUAUACGAUGAAAUUCGAGCAGGCUAUGUCGUGCGAGAAUUAAUUUGUUUUCGUCAAAGGAAGCUCGAUGGAAAAGAAUACACAGAUUGAGGACAAAAAGGGUUAAUAUAAUGGCGGAGCGACUUGCAAAAGAAUUGCCAACGGAGAGUACCUGCUGGGUGACUCUUGUACUUGCAGAAGAUUAUCGCAUUGUCGCUAAUCGAGAAAAACUUGUUCGCUCAAGUCAUUACUUUGCUUCUUUAUUCUCAACUAACUUUAAUGAUUACUUAUGCACGGAAAUAAACAUAAACUAUGACAUUUCACCAGACAUUUUGCAAGAUUUUGUCGAUUGGACUGCGGAGGCAAAUAAUAAGGGAACUGUAGCCGAGGAGACGAAAUGUUUGGAUAAAUACAGGAUGGACAACAAUUAUACGGGUCUGAUGGAUUUACUGGAAUUGAGCGUUCUUUUUGCAGCUGAAAAUUUAAGUGAACGUCUGACUGAUAUAAUAGUGGAGCAUUGGCUCUUGGUUAAAAAUGUUCUAAGUAUAUGGUUAUUCGCACACGAUUUAAAUUUGCGAUCUCUGAGAGAUGUUGCAUUUGCAAUGUGUCUCGAUCGACUCGAAGAGUUGCCAGUCUCGUUGCUUUUGAAACUUUGCCAAGUUCAUUUCGUACAACUCGUUGGUAAUGUUAAUGCGCGUUGUCGCAAUAAUAGUUUCUUACGAGAUUUGACGGAACAGUGGAUUCAGCGGAAUAUAGAUAAUGGAAUAUUACCUGCGAAUAUGGCGAUUCUUCGUUCCGUGCAAAGUAUGAUUGCUGGAUCGGAAAAUCAAUGUAACAUGGGAAAGAGAAAGUAUUUACAUUGUGUAGUUGGAAGUAAAAUUGGCGAAAAAGGCGUGAUCAGAAAAGCAUGUAUAUUUAGAUGGGACGGCGAGAGAUUGUCAACACUAAUCGACGAGACUAAUCGCGACUGCGAUAUUCUUGGAAUGGUCAAGGACCUCGUUGGGAUGCAGGUCGUGGGCAGAGAUUUUAGUAUUUACUUCGUCGGAGGCGAACAGGGAUUGGGAACUGGCCGUUUCAAUACAAUUAUAUGGCGUUACUGUCUGAUAUUAAAAAAAUUUUAUCGGUUUUCGAGUUUGUUGGAACCACGAAGACACAUGGCUGUCGAAUUUAUCGAUAAUAAUUUUAUGGCGGUAGCAGGGGGAGUGGGACGGCAUCGAUUGAAGUUGUCUACCAUGAAUAUCUUGAAUAUACACACGGGCGUAUGGAUAAAGGCCGCCAAUAUUCCUGAGGACUUUACUGAAGUCAUAUCUACUUGUGUAGUGGGCAGUAAACUUUUGUUGUAUAAGUCGGCUCUUCAUGCUUAUGAUCUGAAAACCGACACGUGGUCGACAGUGUGGCCUACUUUAGUUACGGAGAGCGAUACAUCAACUCGAAAGCUCAACGUGGCCCAAUUUCUAAUGUGUUAUAAAAAUAUGUUGUAUAUAUGUGAUUCUACGAGCGGCAGUCGUACAUGUUUAUGGAUGAUCGAUGACAUUGCCAAUCCCGUAGCACGUAUUGUUUUCGAGUUUUCUACAUUGCAUCAGAUUCACGUCGCCAAUGGUGCGCAACUUAUUGGUUUUGCUCAUGACAGAGAAACCGUGACUGUUGAAAUUGGAAUGAUUGGUGACAAUAAUGUUUAUCUUUAUGGGCUCUAUACGACACGUGCACAGGAUUUAGACAUGUUAAGGUUUGAGGUGCGCAUGGGAUCUUUCAAUGUAAUCGAUCCGGAAUCUUUAUAUCGACAAAAUUGACGAAUGUACACACUGUAAACAUUUUGCAUGAUCAUAAGUAAAAGGCGAUUACGAAUGUA